CCCCAUUUAGUCUAUGGCUACUGGUUCCCCACUACUGAAGCAAGAUGUUUCUGAGUGCUCUUGAAAUGCCCCAUAAAUGAUGCGGUUCUCCAGUCUGACUGGUCUGAACAGGCAUUGUUCCCAUCUGGAUGGAGCCUGGAUACUGUUUCCUCUAAUCAUCUCAUGUUUUUUUUCCUCUGUCCUCUGGUAGCUUCCUCAAACACAUCCUGCUGAACACUCAAGGAGGACACUCUGUAGAUCUCCAGAGUUCUCUCUGUGUGUAUCUUUCUCCUUUCUGAUAGUCUGUCUCCUAGAGGCAUUGUCUCUGAGCUUUGCUUACUCAACUCACUGACUCCAUUGGCGUUUGCUUGGACUUCUCCUUUUUAAUCUAUGCCUAUAAAGCUGUCUCAGCAGUAAGUGGAGGCAACUGUGGAGCUCAACAAUUUUGUUUUCAGAGGAUCACUGCCCUUCAUUGCAUGAUAGCCAGACUUGAAAAGGAUUUUUUCAUAUAUUUUAUCUUUUUUUUUCUUUUUAGUCGAUUAAGGCAGAAGAAUAAAUCUGGUCCCUAUUAUUCUAUUUUGACAGGGGACAGAAGUUUGUAGAGUUGAUCUUUCUAAGUUGAAAGCACUUUGCGUUUUAAAGUUCGAAAGCCGGGCUCGCAUUUUACAUAACACAUUAUCUCUCGUCUUCUAGCGUGUUCUGCUUUCACUUUCAUGUUCCUUAGAGCCGACCUUCUUAUAAACAGCACAGAGGUUUUGCCGCUUUUUCAGAGGAUUUGCCAUUUUUUUCAGAGGCUUUGUCGUUUUCAGACGGUUUGUCGCUUGUCUAAGCAGCAAAAUGACAGAGGCUUCACCGAAAGUACUGCAGACAGACCUUAUUUUCAGAGAUGGCAUGGAGGAUGCGGAAUCUGGUAAAACUCUCCAAAGAAAAUGUGCAGCAAUAAUACCUCCUGUAACCCUUGCCAAGAUUUAUUGUUGCUUCAGCCUUAUAGCAGUUCUAACUGCAAGUGUGAUUGUGCUUUCUAUUCUUUUGGCAGUGGGACAGGCAACAUCAGUCUUAGAGGUCCCUGUGUCCGUUGGCUGCCCAAAACAAUGGAUUGGAUUUGGAAGUAAAUGUUUUUAUUUUUCUGAAGACGCAAGGAAUUGGACAUUCAGCCAGGCUUUCUGUGUCUCAUUAGAAGCUGAUCUUGUUCAGUUUGAAACCCUGGAAGAACUGAAUUUCCUGAAGAGAUACAAAGGCCCUUCUGAUCAUUGGAUUGGUCUUAGCAGAGAAUCAUCAUAUCACAUUUGGAAAUGGACAGAUGACAGUGAAUAUAAUGCCUCGUAUGUUAUCAAAGGAGUUGGAGAAUGCGCCUACCUGAAUGACAAUGGAAUCAGUAGUGCCAGGACCUACACGGAUAGGAAAUGGAUUUGUAGCAAGCCAAAUGAUAUCUACAGGUGCCAAAAGAGUCCAAACCCUUUUUAGGAAAUUUAGAAAAGAUGCAUUGUAAAUUUGUUAUAUGCAGUUGCUGCUCCGUUUCUUGGUCUACCAAAAAUAUUACCAAUAUGCAUUCAUCAUAUUCGUUGAUGGUAAAGAUGCAAACUAUCAUAGAGUGUAUAAUACACAGAUUUGGAAGAGCAUGAUUCUAAAUUAAAUGGGGAUUAAAUGGUAUUUAUAUUUUAAACACAGAGUGUAAUCAGUAUCAGUGAACACCUCUUUUCCUAUACAGAUAUUCCUUUCUUUGCAUACAUGGGACCAUAAAAAUGACCAUGCUAGCUGGAACCAUGCAGAAUGAUUUUAAAAAUCAAUGAGAAAAAUAACAACUGUUCUAUGACCUUUAAAAAGAUUUGUAAGCAGAUUCAAAAUUCUCUCACUUUCAGUUACAAAUAUAAAGGAAAGUUUAAGAGUACUAAAACUAAUAUUUAUUUUGUACUCUGUAUUUUAAAACAUACAUACACUGAUGAAGUGCUUUUCAUACUUUAAUUCUCAGUGUUUAUAUUUUAAAUUACAGUGUGCUAAAUAAAUGUUAUACCUAUAAACAAAUACAUUCUUUAUUUUACCUUUUCUUGGAUUUAAAAUUCUGCUUUUAUACCAGAUUAAAUCACAAAUAGUUACAUUACUUGAACUCGUUAAGCAUUCAAUGCCCAAUCUCAGAACUCUUUAUAUACUAUUGAGUUUUAGAAAUGAAAUGUUGUAACUUUUUAAUGGCAUAAGCUACACUGUACUGAUGAGUCCCAAAAAGGACGAAAUAACAAUUUACAAUGCAUCUUUUCUAUUUGGUACUUUCAUUUCUCCUAUUUUAUUGGUGUAUUUGUCAAUUUCUUUUUUUAAUUCUGUUAAAUUUUAUUGUAUAAAGUUUAAGGUUAUGUUGUUAGAUGCAUACAAAUAAAUUUCAUUCAGGAAUUGGAUCUUUUUUUCAGUGAGCAGUAACUUUAGUUAACUCUAACAAUGCUUUUUGCUGUACAAUCCAUUUUAUCUCAAGUUUUCUAAGAAGCAGAGACUAUGUAUAGUUCACUUCUGUAUCCUCAGAGACUAGCACAAUGUCUUAAAUGUAGGAUACUUUCAAAAUACAUCUGUGGCUAUACUUUCAUGGCUGUGAGACUCUGCCCUAUUUGCUUGGUUUCUGCUACCUUUCUCACAAAGAAAGCUAAAUUUCUACAGAAAUCUAGAAAGUUGCGAAAAACCAAGAUUUUAUAUUUAUAAACUGUGUGUGACCAACUCACAAAUGAAAUUUGAGUCAAACUUUUACGAACUAGUUUCUAAGCCAAAUAUCUAAAGCAUAAAUUCCAUUUCUUACUGGCUGUGACCUUGAUACAUUAUCUAGCCCCUCAAGCAGAGUUUCUUCAUAUGAAAAAUUAAUGUAAUAAAACAAGUUUCAGUGGCCAGUUGUAGAUUCAAAUGAAAUAACAGAUGAAAAUCUCUUGCCAGCAUAUCUGACUCAUGGUCAAUGUUUAAUAAAUUGUUGUUCUUCCAUUAUCUUUUUAUGGAAAUAAAAGUAAAAAUAACAGCUAUAGAUCUACUUUCAGAGUGGGAACUUCUAAGUAACGUUAAGUUCAUUGUCAUUUUUGAGCAGAAAGUCAGUGAGCUGUUUAAUCAAUUACUAAUGCUUCAGUGAAAAUCAGUACUCAUUGAAUUAAUCAUUCAAAGCACAUGUGGGAAACAUUUCUUCACAGGAACAAGGCUGCAAAAGUACAUGGUGUAUCACAUAGGAAAAAUCUACAUCAUUUGGGACUUACCCCCUCCUUCCCCUUUAAACCCAUUCUGAUUCAUUUGUUACAUUGCAACCAAAGUGAUCAUUAUAAUCCAAAAAAAUGAUCAGGUCAUCGCUUGCAUAAAAUCUUUCAGUGACUUCUCCUUUACUCUUAGUAUACAACCCAAACUCCUAAUGGUAAUCAAGAUCAUGUGAUUAUAUCACUGCUUUCCUCUCCAUCUUCUUCUCCUAGUCGUCCCCUUCGAAAUCCUUGCCCUCCCCCAAAAUUUGACACCAAAAAAAGUAAUAAUAAAAGAAAUUAUAUAUCAAGUACAUUUCCUGCUAGUGUACAGCAUCCCAGCUUGUAGAAAGAUCCAAGAAGGUGCAAAUGUCAAGCCGGAGUUUAUACAGAAACUCCAGAGUGAUCAUGUCCAUUGGAAAUAAUAUUACUGUUUCAGCAAUUCUAGAAGCAAUCAGGGCACAGCCAUCUAUAAGUAAUUGGGAUUAGAGCCACAUCAGCAGCUCAAAGAUCGAAAGAACUGAAUUCCAGUGUAGAGGAUGAAAGCUCCAAAGGAGCCAAUCAACUUUUGGGGUGGCAAAUGACUUGAGAGAUGCAACCACAGAGACGAAGUUUGAUCGGUUCAUCCUUAGUUUUAAUGUAAUCAUCACCUUCCAUGGAAGUGCUUUCUGAUCUUUACAUUAGGUUAUAUUUUCCCAUCCCUGUGUUCUCAAAGCUGUUAUUUCCCCCAAUAUAAACCUCAUUACUUUGUAUUGCUAUUGCUUAAUCAGUUUUCUCAUUUCUCUGUGAGGAUGUAGCUACAUGCAGGGAGGGGACACAGUGACUUUUCCUUCACUAUGUUCUCAGUGCUUUGUGUAGUCCCUAACGGUAGGAAUACAGUUAAUAUCUAUCAAAUGAAUUAAUGUUGAAUAUAGUUUUCUGUUGUGUAUUUUUUAAAAUCAUGUUUACUCUUAAUAGUUUGUGGCUUAAAAACAUGGGUAGUCCUUCUGUGCCAUGGAAUAUACUUAACAUCUUCUGAGUUUCUUGGUUUUGAGUCAAGGAAAAUACAGCAGUUACACAAACUCUCCCCAAAAUAACCUGGAAAUAUUUAAGAUAAAGUAUCUAUUCUAAACAUAGCAAUGAUGCAAAUUAUAUUUAAACAUUUUUGAGGUCAUCAUUCAUCAUACUUAUAUUAUGACUAAUAAAUAAAUAAACUGGAAAUAGA